AUGUUCACAUCAAAUUCGGCUUCGGGGUCCACGCCUUCAAGACCUCUUGCAGCUGAUCGCCUCCUCACCAAAAUCGUGUAUCUGUUCUUAUCCUCGAUGCUCCAUACCGCCGACGAAGCACCAGAACACGUACAGGGUGGUACGGUGCUGGAAGAUCUACGCAUCCUCAGCCUCUCCGAGUGCGCCACACGGAUCUGUGUUUGCUUCCACUGGGGUUACAACGAGAUCCUCACCGACGGCCCCUCAGAUCCAUCGGAAUCCAUGCGACCACAUGGAAGACUGUUCGCCACGCAGGACACCGCGGACACGAACAUCGAGGCGCCGAUCCCGGUAAUAGGCCACGACCUCGCACACCCGCCCCUCUUCCCGGCUCUCACCGAGUUCCGCGUCCGCUUCGAGGAUGAAGAGUGGGACCGACUCCAGGACGACGGCUCUGCCUUCGUGCGGCUGUUGGAGCACAUGCCGCUCUUGGAGACGCUGGUGGUCGACUUCAGCGAGGCGUACGAGACGGUGGGCAUCGAACCCCGUGUGUUCACCGUCGUCCUGGCGCCGCUCCUCGACGCCCUCGCCGCGCCCUCGCCCGCGCUGUGCCCUGCACUCCGCGCCGUCGUGAUCGACUUCGGGCGGCGGGGGUGCCAUGAUCGGUCCAAGAUGGUAAGUGGAUGGCGGAGGCUGCUCAACGGUCGCGCCGUGCUUCGCAGGGACGGAGGCCGUCCGGUCAUGGUCUCUGCGGAGUUCGUGUACUGCGAGGGGGAGAAGGUGCAGAUCAUACGGAGCGACUUUCCGCCGUUGGCCCCACGAAUCGCACAGGCAGGCGGAAAGGUGCAGGCCAUCCGCGGUGGAUGA